AGGUUCGCAGGAAACAGGCCAGCCAGGAGGUCGGGAGGCCCCAGAGGAGCACUGAAGGAGACCUGCCUGUGGGUCUCAAUUGCCCAGCUCCGGCCCACACUCACCUGCUGCCCUGACCUGAGUCAUGCUUCUUGGGAAGACGCAUCAGUCCUGCAAGGCUGAGGAAGGCCGUCAGGCCCAAGGAGAUGCACCGGGGCUUAUGGAUGUGCAGACUCCCACAACUGAGGAGCAGAAGGCUGCAUCCUCCUCCUCCACUCUGAUCGUGGGAACCCUGGAGGAGGUGCCUGAUUCUGGGUCACUGAGUCCUGCCCAGAGUCCUCAGGGUGCCUCCUCUUCCCAGACCGUCACCGACAACACUCUAUGGAGCCAAUCCAAUGAGGUUUCCAGCAGCAAUGAAGAGGAGGGGCCAAGCACCUCCCCAGACCCAGCUCACCUGGAGUCCCUUUUCCGGGAAGCACUUGAUGAGAAAGUGGCUGAGUUAGUUCAUUUCCUGCUCCGCAAAUAUCAAAUUAAGGAGCCGGUCACAAAGGCAGAAAUGCUGGAGAGUGUCAUCAAAAAUUACAAGAACCACUUUCCUGAGAUCUUCAGCAAAGCCUCUGAGUGCAUGCAGGUGAUCUUUGGCAUUGAUGUGAAGGAAGUGGACCCUGCCGGCCACUGCUACAUCCUUGUCACCUGCCUGGGGCUCUCCUAUGACAGCCUGCUGGGUGAUGAUCAGAGCACGCCCAAGACCGGCCUCCUGAUAAUCGUCCUGGGCAUGAUCGUAAUGGAGGGUAGCUGCGCCCCAGAGGAGGCAAUCUGGGAAGCGUUGAGUGUGAUGGGGCUGUAUGAUGGGAGGGAGCACAGCACCUAUUGGGAGCUCAGGAAGCUGCUCACUCAAGAUUGGGUGCAGGAAAACUACCUGGAGUACCGCCAGGUACCUGGCAGUGAUACUGUGUGCUACGAGUUCCUGUGGGGUCCAAGGGCCCUCGCUGAAACCAACUAUGUGAAAGUCCUGGAGCAUGUGGCCAGAGUUAAUGCAAGAGUUCGCAUUUCCUACCCAUCCCAAUCAAACAAUAUCUAA